AUGGACUGGAUCCACUGCAACAAUUGCGGCGCGCGGCCAAAUCAGGUGAAGAUGAUGUUGACCGUGUGCGGACACGUGUUUUGUCGCAAUUGUACAGCAAGAGGUACGCUUGUGAAUUUUUUCAAAUUUUUUAACCAAGUUUUUCAAAAUUUUCAGCCAAAGACGCCCAGUGCUACUUGUGUAAAAAGCCGCUGAAAGGCGACGAAAUCAACAAGAAUAUGCGUCCCGAAUUAAUGGUAAGCUUGUUUUUUGGCCUAAGCCUAAAAAUAAUUGUUUCCAGGAAUUAUUCAAAGACGCCCGUCAAGUGGCCGCCGAGCUCAUGAACGAACUGAAGCAAAUGAUCACUUUUCAAGCGAAACAACGAGAGAUUUUUAUGAAAUUCAAAAGUGUCGAGGUGAAAUUUAUUCUGCAUUUAUUCUGAUUCUUUUGAAUGCUUCUUUUUGCAGAUAAAGCGAGAAACCGAUGCGUUCAAUGAGAUGCGCCUCAAACAGCAGGCAGCCAUUCAGGACAUUGAGUUGGAACCAUUGUUUUAUUAAUUUUCUGAAUUGUUGCUUUAGAAAGCGAAAAAUUGCGUUCGCGGAAGACACGGAACGUCUCAAAAAGGCCAGGGAACGGAAGAGACAUUUGACGGAAAAGUAAGUGCCGGCCCUUGUCCUGGACUUUUACAUCACUUGCAAUAUUCCGAUCGCGCGCAAACUUUGCAGGCUUCUUGGACUUAAAUCGAAGUGUAUUAGGUCCAAGUUUCAGCCCGAUCGGAUUAUCUGGUCCCGAGAUAUACUGGUUUGAGGCCGAAAUUGGCCAAGAGCCCGGGCUCAAGCACUAUAUCUCGACAAUAAACAAUCCGAUCGGGCUAAAACUUGGUCCCAUCACACUUCAAUCCUAGUCCAAAAAGUUUGCAAAGCUUGGGUCCGAUCGGAUCAUUGCAGUGGGUCAAAAGCCCGGACCAGGUUUCAAAAGUCUUGCCUAUAACAAUAAUUUCCAGACUAAUAAAACUGCGCGAAGAAGCGUCGCAUCGUCAAAAUCCGGCGUCGUGCCGUUCGCGGACCGAACCGGCGGGGCCCAAAACGGCCCGAUUCCGGCCGCCGCCCAACAUUUCCCGACGAGGAAGCCAUGAACAUCCACUCGUCGGAUUUCUCGAUCAAUCCAACUCGAAAAUUGUGACCAGCACGCCAAUUGCCAAUGUAAUUUUUUCGAGUUCUCAACGUCUAUCUGGCCUAAAAAAUUAACUCAAUUUUUUCAGAUGGAAUUUUCGCGUCGCGAGUACCGUAAUCGAAUGUUCGCCGCCGGACACGAGCACCCGUCGCCAAUACCCAGAAUUUAA